AUGGACGGGGAGAUGGUGGUGGAUGAGAUAGAGGAGCAGCAGCACGGCAGCGACGGCGGCGGCGGCGGCGGCGGCGGCGCCAAGAAGCAGCGGCGGCGGUACCUGGCCUAUGACCUGAUGAUGAUUAAUGGGGAGGGCGUCAUGGACCUCAAAUUCGGGGACCGCCACAUGCUGAUAGAGAAGGAGGUGGCCGCCCCCAGGGUAGAGGAGGCCAAGUGGAUGAUGCAGCUGCCCGCCGGGCGCGCCCCGCUGGUCUACUCGUAUGCAGAGGAGCCCUUUGGUUUCCGGCGGAAGGACUUUUACCAGCUGCACCGCGGCGAGAAGCUGCUGCGCGUCUUCAUACCCAAGCUGUGCCACGAGAGCGACGGGCUCAUCCUGCAGCCGCAUGACGACCCGUACUUACCUCGGACGUGCGACGACCUGCUCAAGUGGAAGUUUGACUACCUCAACAGCGUCGACUUCAAGCUCGAGGUAAGGGGGCGAUCUCAGAUCAUGGCGGCGGCCGCCGGCCCGCCAGCGGCAGGGCGAAAAAAACUGCAGCGGCACCCUGUCCUCUAG